GAGGCAAUCAAAUCGUCAGUCUACGCCGGAGAGGACCUACUGUCACGAGUUGGUAUCUGGUGAUAGGAAGAAAAUGCAAGUUAAGCUACGUUGAUAGCAAACAACAGCAACCACAAAAAUUACAACAACGAGCGAAAGCAACGAACGCUUUACUCAGCUUCUUCAAGCAGUGCCAGGUGGAUAAUGAUGUAUUUGAGCGUGCCUGAUAUGAUGGGAAAAUGUCGGGUUUUCACCAUUGUUGUACUGUGCUUGUGGUUUCUGCCUAUGGUCUGCCUAGCGUGCUCCAGAGGUCCCAGGCCGGAACUUGAAACAAAAUUUUGUCCAUCCAGAAAGAACCUGAUCAAAGGCUUUCCUGGCGGGAUAUCUGAGCACUCCAUGAAGAAUCCAAGAUGUGUCAAGGCUCUCUCCUCAAUUUCAAACACUCGGUCAACAGUUGACAACUAUUGGUCGUCUUUAGAUUCAGCUUACAAGUGGGUGCUUUGUCCCGCUGGUUAUUUCUUGCAAGGCUUCAAGUUCGCUAAGAAUGGAGAUGGCAUUUAUGCAUUGCACGAGGGUCUAUGUUCGAAAGAUGUGGACUCCCCAAGCACUUACGAACACUGUUAUAGACAAGACGCCAAGGUAUCCACAAUGUGCCUCAAAGACUACUUUGUAACAGGAAUACUGCGAGACUCCUGCAGCGACUGGAGUUGCGUGUUGAGGUUGAGAUGCUGUAAACAGUCCUCCUCUUCUGAAUUUACCAUCAGCUCAGUUGAAGCCGCGAAGAAAAAAGUUAUGCUGCAAUCUCUGGACGGGCUGGCUCAGAUCGCAUCGUAUCUGGGUUAUGAUGGGGUCAAAGGUUGCUUCGGGCAAGUAGCAGGUGAUGAUUUCGUGGCAAAUGGAACUGCUUGGGUGGCGAAGAAAUGUAUGCAUGACGACAGUCCUCAGCUGAAAAUCGGUUAUGAGGACUGGAAAUUCAGACGAUCGGGUCUAUCGUAUUUAAUGCAGGAAACUAUAGACUUACCACCCGAGGAGAUAGAAAGUGGUGUUUUUAUCAAUGACGGUCCAGUACCAAUUCUCGAAACGGUUACUCAGAGGCACAAAAUGUUACGCACUGUGAGACAUACACUGAUGAGUCCUUGGGAGGGAGCCGAUAUGUUAGGGGUUAAGCUAAUCUACUAUCCUGAGUGGAUGACUGGCGACUUCAGGGGACUAUUCAACUUCGACAUAACAACAGAGCGUGACAAAGAAAUUACGAAAGAAAUAAACAAUACCACGAAAUGGAUCAAAAGAGAUACCGAACUGCAGCCAAACACAACAUCAAGAUGGACUGCUAAACUGUACAAGAAAUUAACCACCCAGCAUUAUCAGGUCACGGUUCGCAUUGAUUGUUCUGCAAAGUUUGAAGGGCGUCUAAGAAAUGAAAUUGCGCAACUCUGUGUUUGUUCUGACAGCCUCAAACGGUACACGCAUAGAAAUGAAGAUGACGUACUAUAUCAAUUCGGGGGUGAAAACAGGCCGUUUUAUUUGGCUUUGUCGGACGAAAAAAAGGCAUGGGAUAAUUGGAUUUCUGAUCGUCAGAUGAUGGGCAAAUUAGUGGAAGAACUCGCUGACCAUGAGAGGUAUGAGUUUGUUCUCGAAGGAAAGUUUGAAGAAACGUAUAGUUACAACAUAGACAUUGAGUUUAAUGACACUGACACACGCCUUGAUGCAUCCGCCUAGGUUUUCUGUGAAAAGGGAGAACACUUUUUUGUUAGGUGUUUUACAGCGCUCGCAACUGCAUAAGGUCAUAUGAGCGUACGGGACACAUCGAACAUUUUCAGUUGGUAGGAAAUUUUGAUUUUUGACCUGGUGGCGGCCGAAGUCUACUCAUCGAUUUUAUACCACAAAGGGAUCUUUAAUAUGCGCAACUUGCGUACGGGAGCUCCGAGAUUUUUCACCCUUGUCGAGAAGGCUAGGUGCAGAUCUUUCCUACAAGAAUAUCAGGGAUGUGGCUGAAAGACAGCAGUAAUGAGCCAAGGAGUAGCAGUAGAAAGGCUGCAGAAAGAGUCCGGAGCCCAGAGCCCAGAGGAGGAGGCAAAAGAGAUGAGGGGGUGGAGGCAGAAAGUGGAGACGAAUUCAGAAGAUAGAAUAUUGCUUGAGAGAUGGAAAGGAGGUGAAAGGAGAAAAUUUUAGAGAAGAAAAUGUGUCGGUCGCUACACGGAUUCGAACCCGGGACCUUUGAAUGAGAGGCGAACACCUUAACCUGUGGGCCACGAAAGCCCCCUGGAAGAACAUUACUAAGUUGCUAUCAUUAUUGAA